CCUUUACAAACGAUCAUUAAACGAUGUCACUUGGGCUCGUACCCCGCAGCCAAUAAAUUGGAACCCGGUCUUGGAAGAUGUAUCAUCAUCCAAUCACGGCGAUCGGCGGCGCUCUCGUUUUCCGCAUUAGUCUUGCACUUUGCGCUCGAUAUCCGAGAAAGCGCUUUGUCGCGUGCAUCCUCGGUAGCGUAGUCUCGAUGGAGUAACUGUUUAUCUCAUGAUUUCAUACGCUGUAUACUUUAUGUAGGAGAGUUGGUAUCUAUAUAUGGACGUCCCACGCUAAGACGCCUGCUUUCACGUCUUUCCCCGCCAGUUUCCCCUCGAGCUGUCUCAAUAGCGUCGAUUGAAUUCACGCCGGGAUUCUUCAGAUUAACCCUGAUGCAGAUACUUUGAUCGUACGGCAUCAUUGUUCUCGUGCCCAACUUCUCUACUGUCGCAACCUCUGCUGACAGACUCUCGAAAUGAUUGGGCAAUCCUAUAUAGCAGCAGCAAUACAAUGAACAUUUUCAAGGGAUCGUCGAGCGGUCAAUUAGAUACGACGCCAAUAGAACCUGCAGGCUUUUCUCCUGUUCAUGGGCAUGAGAAAGAUUUGGAGAUGCCAACCCGGAAGGAGGAACCUCAGUACGAGGUGGAAAUCGCCGCUACAAGAGGAACGUACCGAGUAUAUAAACGGCGAUUUUUCGGUCUCCUCCAGUUAGUCUUGUUGAAUAUUAUUAUUAGUUGGGAUUGGCUCACAUUCUCCUCCAUUUCAUCUACAUCUGCCGAAUACUUCAAUGUGACUGAGAGCACAAUUAACUGGCUAAGCACGGCUUUCCUCUUUGCCUUCUGUGCUGCAACCCCAGUUGUAAUGUACAUGUUAAACAAGGGUGGCCCAAAGCCUGUCAUCAUCACUGCUUCUGUUUUGAUCCUGGUCGGAAAUUGGGUUCGAUAUGCUGGCACUAAGGCCAACAAUGGAACAUUUAGUGUGGUUAUGUUUGGACAACUGCUGCUCGGCUUAGCCCAGCCGUUUGCCUUGUCUGCACCAACGAGAUAUAGUGACCUGUGGUUCACCGAACAAGGUCGAACAAGUGCCACUGCUUUAGCAACUCUGGCCAAUCCGCUGGGAGCUGCCGUUGGGCAGCUUGUUGAUUCAUUCUGGGCUGUAACGCCGGGCGAGAUCCCCGGCAUGGUGCUUUGGAUCUCCGUCAUCUCUACCAUUGCCUGCAUACCCUCCUUCUUCAUUCCUGCACGGCCACCCACACCGGCUAGCGCUUCCAGCAUAGUGUCUAAGACUCCCUUCCCAGAGUCGGCCAAAGGAAUCAUCAAAAUUCGUGAAUUCUGGCUCGUUUUCAUUCCAUUUUCGGUAUACGUUGGUUUCUUCAACAGUGUCUCCACAUUAAUUAACCAGAUUCUGUAUCCUUAUGGCUUCUCUGAAACCGAGGCUGGUAUCGCUGGAGGCGUUCUUAUCGUCGUUGGUCUCGUUGCGUCCGCCAUCGUCUCGCCUAUAAACGACCGAUACAAGAAAUAUUUACUCGUUAUACGCAUAUGUAUCCCCAUCCAUGCCAUCUCAUAUAUUGCUCUUUACUUCGCCCCCUCCAGCCCCUUUGGUAUUGCGCCGAGUAUCGUCGUAUGUGGACUCCUCGGCGCAAGUGCUUUCUCAAUUUUGCCUGUAGUUCUCGAGUUUCUCGUCGAGAUUACAUACCCAUACUCUCCUGAAAUCAGCAGUACACUCCUCUGGAUGGGUGGUCAGCUUCUCGGCGGUAUAUUCACGAUUAUUCAAUCCGAGCUUAAAGCAGGGCAAGACGCGAACCCACCGCUCAACAUGAAAAGAGCUCUUAUUUUCAGCGCCGUCAUUGCAUGUGUCGCAGCAGUAUUUCCGCUCACGUUGAAUGUUAUAGGGCCAAAGAUAGUCAAUAGACGGCUUGAAGCCGAUCAAAACAGAUGCUUGGACGUCCAAUUAGAAAGCCAUGUGAACAAUCAAUCCCAUUCACCCACUGCUAACGACCAGAAACCGAGGGAAGACAGAUUUGAGAAUUGACACUUCUAUUGCAUUAUAUUCUCAUAGUUGGUUGUAAAUUCUUUGAGUUAUCUCAAUAUUCCAGAUGUCAAUUACGGAGUUUGAAUAUCAAGGAUUUGUCUGUCUAAUUACGAUCAGCCAGCAAUUUACGUCAUGGGAUCGAUUGAUGUGAUGUUUGUGUAAUGAGAACGGUUCUAAACAAAAGGAAACGAGUAUAAAUAUUCCAUAUAAGAGACAGUCACUUUGCUAUCUGUACAUAAAAGUGAAACAUGACAAUUCUAUUCCCACUUUUUUCUUUGGACAAGAACCAAAAAAGGGAUGGUUCUAACUGCCGGUUAUGCGAUAUAAAGGGUACAAAAGGUUAAACAAAACCAUGUGAACAGCCUGGACGUAUUCAAACCAUAUCUUCCGCGUUGUCACGGUCGAACUUUGCUUUGUCUGCCAUACUAACCCACGAGUAAACAAGGUAGAGAGAAGAGUGAGCUAGACGAAUGUAUUUGA